GCCCGGUUAGUGCUCGAGCGAUGUCCUGUUUAAGACGAGCAAGGACGUGGGAGAUUUCAGACUCGGAGGAGGAGGGUCUCGAUCUCAAAGACACCGAAGGGCAUCUCGCGUGCGUGUCCGUCAGCGUUGCUGUCGCCGGGGACGAGCCACAUGUGCGCGGCACCGCGACGACCAGCGCAGCCCCGCUGCCGGAGAGCUCGGGCGCGCGCACCGGACACGCCAGCGUCGCCUCCGCCACUCGGUCCACGGGACCGGGGCGGAAGAGGAGGAUGCGCGCGGAGGAGAGGAAAAUAGCGCGAGAGACUUUAAGAUUGGAGAGAGAGAGAGCAAAGGAGGAGAAGCGGCGGAGAAGGAGAGAGGAGGUGCAGCACGUGAAGAGUUUACAGCCGGAGAACUGUAUGAGGAGCCUGACGGUGCGCGUGCACCCAGUGUUGCUGCAGGAGUCUGGCUGUGAUGCCCUGCUGGCGUGUCUGGACUGUCUGGACUGUCUCAGCUGUAUAGAGGACCACGCGCUCACACACAGCAUCAGCUGGCGUAGACGACUGUCUCAGGAUGAUACUGAGGUUGAAGAAGAUCAGGUGCUGAUGGUGUUUUCUCAGGAGGAGUUUAUCGUCAUGGUGACGUCCAUCAAAGAGUCUCUGAAUGGUGAAUCUGAGGGGGUGGAGUCUCUGUUUCAGCCUCUCUCAGAAUAUCUGAAGAGAACCAGAGGAACAGUCAUCUCACUGCUGGUGACAGGACAGAGCGAUCAGAGUGGAGGCUCGAAGAACUAUGAUGAUGGCCCGCGCUCUCAGCUUGGCCUCUUGGACGUCGAUAUUGAGGAGGUGCUGGUGUACCUGCAGCUGUAUAGGAACGUGUCGGUCCACUUUGUGUUCGGCUGGCAGGAAGUCACAGAUCAUGUGUGUGCUAUUACAAAGGCCUUAUCUAAACGUCCGUUUAAAGCUGCGUGUGCGGCGUCUGUGCUGGGUUUCUGCGUGGACGGCUCCUGGGCUGGAGGUGUGCAGGUGGCACGAGAUGGGCGUGGCCUAGCCAAGGUGUGGCUGCGGCAGAUACAGCAGCUGAAUCGCGUCAGCGUUGUCAUGGCUACAGCCGUAACGACCGCCUACCCCUCACCUCAUCUCCUCCUGCAGGCCUAUGAAAACACGCAGUCAGAAGAACAGUGUCGCGGAUUAUUGGCUGAUCUCACAGUGAGAGGCGGGGCCAAAGAAAGGCGCAUUGGACCUGACCUAUCGAAUCGCAUUUAUCGGCUCAUGACUUCCCAGAAUUCUCAGCUGGUGCUGGACUAGUAGAAUUGUGGCAACAGACCUGUCUACCCACACAAAGAGAGAGGGAGAGAGAUACUGGAUCUUAAACUCUAAAAUUCACUGGAACAGCUGUAGCACAGCAAACUGGUAUCCACUCACACGGGACUACAAAACAUUCGAAUUCCUCUCUGCCACUCAUGGACUGUAACUCAACCUUCCAGUGAUCAGAUGUAUGAACACAGGACACUUCAGCACUUUCAAAAAAUGACUUUUGCUUAAGGUUUGUCAAGUAAACACGACUGGUUUUCUCCAUGCAGAGUUGCUCAUUCAGUGCCCUGUCUGGAAUAACCCCGGAUACCCCUGAAAAGUUGUGCAGCACUUCGAGUACCAUACAGGUAGGACAGUGUGACGAGGCCACACAGAUCUCACGGAAAGAACUACAAGGAUGUGAGGAUGGUGAAUUGUUUGGUAGGAAUACAGAAACGCAUCAUAUUCUAGUGUUCCUGCUGGGCUUGACACACACACACACACACACACACACACACACACACAACCUAAAGGAAAACAGUGUUUCAUUACAUUGAUUCAUUUGUCAUGAUGUUUUGAAACUGUUACAGCUGUAAGAAAACUUGCAAAAGAACAUUGAAGUGCCCCAGUACAAAUCUACAUAUUAAUGAAGUUUAUCUACACAAUUACUAUCAGCAAAACAGUAUAUAAACAAUUGUGUUCGGGUAAAAAAGUAAUUCACAUUUCUAGGCAACAGUAAAAUGUUUAAAAUGUAUAAAACACUAAAAAGCUUCUUAAAAAACCUUCAGGUGAUCUCUACUGUACGCUGCAGUUUUGGCUUAACAUCACGGACUUUGCUAAUUGGCAGAAUAGAAAAUAAACAUUUAAAUAGCU